ACAAAAAUUUUACCGAAUAUCGGUAUAUAUGCAACUAAUUUCUUCUAUUAUGAGCUUCAUCCUUGACGCUUUUCGAAUUUUUUUAAAAGUGCAUCAUUGAUGAACUCCGGGUACACUGAAACUAAUAAUCACAAUAAAUUUGUUAUCAUUUCGCUAAGAGCUUUUCUAUGAUUUUAUUUGGGUCUUAAGUAACUACUAAGCUCUACAGUUACACUAUGACUUCGAAGAUGACUGGAAACCUCAUAAAAGUGUUCGUUUACGGCACCCUAAAGCGCGGGGAGCCCAAUCAUUAUUGGCUCACGAAUUCAGAAAAUGGGUUCUCCCGUUUCCUGUGCGAAGCAAGAACCGUUCAAAAGUUUCCAUUGGUGAUCGGUACUCGUUACAACAUUCCAUUUUUACUAAACAAACCUGGAUUGGGUCACAAUAUAUGCGGAGAAGUGUAUGAAGUAGACAGUAAAAUGUUUUCAAACCUUGAUGUUCUAGAAGAUUACCCAAACUAUUAUGAUCGCGAGAUUCAGCAAGUGAAAAGCAAAGAUAAUGAAUCGAUUGAUUGUUGGCUGUACUUGAUUAAGGAAUUUCCAGAGAACCUCCUGUCCAAGUGCCAUCUUGAAUCGUACCACAAUACGGAAGCACAACCAUAUUGCGAAAGGUCAGAAAGGCUGUCUGAAGUAAAAGCUAGCGAUGACAUGAACUAUUAAAUAUCAAAUGAUUGCUCUUUUAUUUGGAUAGCACCAAGUCCGAUAUGUAAGUGGAAAACGAGUUAAAUCUGAUAAAAAACGUCACUAUUCCUGAAAAUCGUAAUUAAUAUAUGCAUGUUGGAGGAAUCAAUAGAUCCGUAACAAAAAGUAUGCAAUAAACUUUCAAAAAUGUAAACGCAUAUUUUCAUAAUAGCAGUUGA